ACUCUCCCUAGUUUAGAUUCUGUACUGUUAUCAAGUGCUUCUCUAGGUUACCAUCAAAAAUAUUCCAAAUUAACAUCCGUCGUCUGGUUAGUGUCAAUCAUGGCUGGAAUUUUGAAAAUUCCAACGAUCAUAAGCAAGAAUUCCACCACGAACUCGCUGAAUAUUGCGAGUAAACAACUUUUGAGGAAUCUUCACAUCACAGUCAGUGGUAGCAGUGAUGCCAAAACAUCUCAGGUCUCUCGUGACUACCCGGUUGUUGACCAUAACUUUGAUGCCGUUGUUGUCGGUGCCGGUGGAGCUGGACUAAGAGCAGCUUUCGGUCUGGUUGCGGAGGGUUUCAACACAGCUGUUGUCACCAAAUUGUUCCCAACCCGUUCGCAUACUGUUGCUGCUCAAGGUGGCAUCAAUGCUGCCCUGGGAAACAUGGAGGCCGAUAAUUGGCAGUGGCACAUGUAUGACACUGUCAAGGGCUCCGACUGGCUUGGUGACCAAGAUGCUAUUCAUUACAUGACACGAGAAGCACCAAAAGCUGUGAUAGAGCUUGAAAAUUAUGGUAUGCCGUUCAGUCGAACUAAGGAUGGUAAAAUUUACCAACGGGCAUUUGGUGGUCAAAGUUUGAAUUUCGGAAAAGGUGGUCAAGCUCAUCGGUGUUGUGCUGUUGCUGAUCGUACAGGUCAUUCGUUGUUGCACACUCUUUAUGGUCAAUCCCUUAGUUACAACUGCAACUACUUUAUCGAAUACUUUGCCCUUGAUUUACUCAUGGAGGAAGGAGAGUGCCGAGGUGUCAUUGCCCUGUGCUUAGAAGAUGGAACACUACACCGUUUCCGAGCAAAGAAUACGAUUUUAGCAACUGGUGGAUACGGUAGAGCUUAUUUCUCAUGCACCUCUGCCCACACUUGUACUGGUGAUGGCACAGCUAUGAUCUCUCGUGCAAAUUUGCCCAAUGAAGAUCUUGAAUUCGUUCAGUUUCAUCCAACAGGUAUCUACGGAGCUGGUUGUCUGAUGACUGAAGGUUGUCGUGGUGAAGGAGGAUAUUUGAUCAACAGCGAGGGAGAAAGGUUUAUGGAACGUUAUGCACCUGUUGCCAAAGAUCUUGCCUCACGAGAUGUUGUAUCUAGGUCAAUGACCAUGGAAAUUCGAGAUGGAAGAGGUUGUGGUCCAGAGAAGGAUCAUGUAUAUUUGCAGUUGCACCACUUGCCUCCGGACCAGUUAGCCCAAAGAUUGCCUGGUAUCUCUGAAACUGCAAUGAUUUUCGCUGGCGUAGAUGUAACUAGAGAGCCGAUUCCAGUUUUACCAACAGUUCAUUACAACAUGGGAGGUGUGCCAACCAACUACAAAGGACAGGUUUUGACAAGCAAAAAUGGUGAUGAUGAGAUCAUUAGGGGUCUUUACGCAUGUGGUGAAGCGUCCUGUGCCUCAGUUCAUGGUGCCAACAGAUUAGGUGCUAAUUCUCUCCUCGAUCUCGUAGUCUUCGGAAGAGCUUGUGCAAAGACAAUCGCUGACGAAAACAAACCUGGAGAAUCUUUUGGGCCCAUCAGACCUAAUGCAGGAGAAGAAUCAGUCGCUAAUUUGGAUAAGAUCAGAUUUGCAAAUGGAAGCGUAUCGACCGCUACCCUUAGGCUGAAUAUGCAGAAGGCCAUGCAAAAUCAUGCUGCUGUUUUCCGAACUGCUGAAUCGCUACAGGAAGGUUGUAAGAAGAUGGCAGACAUCUACAAAGGAUUGAAAGACCUGAAGAUCAGCGACAGUAGCUUAAUUUGGAACUCUGACCUUGUUGAGACUUUGGAGCUGCAGAAUCUAAUGUUAAACGCCAUGCAGACAAUUGUUGCUGCUGAAAAUAGAAAAGAGUCCAGAGGAGCACACGCACGUGAAGAUUUCAAGACCCGGAUCGAUGAGUAUGAUUACUCGAAGCCCUUAGAUGGGCAAGUUAAGAAGCCAAUCGACCAGCACUGGAGAAAGCAUACACUUACGUACAUCAACCCAGAUACUGGAAAGGUUACAAUCGACUAUCGACCUGUCAUUGAUCAGACACUCGAUGAAGCAGAAUGCAAAACUGUGCCACCAGCGAUCCGAUCCUACUAGAGUUUAUAACUCAAAUUACUUCUCUUAUUCAUCAGUAUUGUGUAGAUUGAUCGAACUUUGAAGUCAAAAAACAUGUCUAUCAGUGAAACCAACUUUUUUACCGAUCUACUCUCACCAUCGUUGAAAUUUGUAGCUUUAUAGUAGACUUAAUUAUUACGCUACCAGUCUAACCUGAUAUAGUUUUAAAAAUUGUGAUUUCUUUUGCAAAGUGUGAACCAGCUUAUUUUACUUAUCACAGGAUAGACAAUUGGACCAUUCUUAUUUCAUUUUGUUGGUACAUGGCCCUUUUACAUCACUGAUACAUAUAUACAGCGUGUCUUUGUCAAGUAUAGUGAAAUAAUAUUUUUAUGUUUUGUGAUCAUGGUACAAUAUUGGCAAAGGCUUUAUCAAUUUAUGAUACACAACCAAAAAAAAUUAAAAAUUCAGUUCUUAUUCUAUUUUAAAAACUACCUUUUCAGCAGCAUUCACGACAUCAUGCUCCGUAAGCUGUCAAGGACCUAAUCUUUUUAAAGUAACUUUAGCAAAACUCACAAUUAGGUAUGUAUGGAAAUGAUUGAGAUACACGGAACUAUGAACCUUAGAUUUACCCAAAGUUACGCACAAAAAAUAAGAAGAGGGAGACAUUUUUCGUCAGUUCUUAAAUGGGUUGCAGUAUGUAAUUUCAUUUUCUUUCUCAAUAAAUCAUACUCUGAGGUAUUAAAUUGAUUAGAUGAGCAGAUUUUUUUCUCUCUCUCUUUUAGAGAAAUGUUUUAAACAAUUAAAUACAUUUUUAAGAUAAAAUAUAAAGUCCCAAGCUAUAAAAAUUGCUUGGGUCUAUGAAGAAGAGGUCAUAGAUGUUUAUUCCUUCUCUUUUCUGCACUUUUUGUCACAUUUGCAUUCUGAUCAGGCUAACGUAAUGAAUAAAAUAAUGAACUCAUGACAGUUUUAAAAUUUGUAGAUUUUUUCGUGCAAAAUUGUUCUUAUAUUUUUCUGUGCAGUAAAAAUACUAUAUCACCAUUGAAUUUCUGAAUAUCAAACUUCUGAGGCAGGAACUUAACGUCUGAAUUUAAAGGCUUUAGUAAAAUAUAGAGUUUGCAAGGUAUUUAUCCAAGUCAUCUUUAAAGUAUACGUAUAGUAUGAAUUUACUCUUCUGUUUUGAGUGGAACUUGUCCUAAAGGUCUGGAGCCACCUAUUUUAAAGUGUUUUGAAGUUUCAUAACAGAAAUACGGACUGUGAAAUGGAUAUCAAUCACCACUGUAUUGAUGCUUGUAAUUUAUUAAUUAUGAAUGUAAGAAUCAGUGUGAUUAAAUUGUUAAAUUUGAAUAAAUAAAUGUUGUACCUAUUUUAAUA